AUGCGGGCCAUCCAGCAUUGGGUUAUUUGGCGAAUCCUGCCGACGCUUGUCGCGAUCACAGGGGUGUCGUUAUACCUCUCAGUAACUGGGAACAAUCGGCUGCUAAAGCCAACGAAUGUAUAUCACGAGCUAAAAUGGGCGCUGUAUCAUAUUUCGCAGCACUACGACUUGCCUGUGGAUGCGGGCCUCACAGAAGAAGGACUGGUGGAUGCGUACAUUAAAAGGCAAACACCGAUCGCCCAGGACGGCAUACUAGCCAAUAUUGGACCGAAUGGGUCCAGGUGUGGGGGUGCGAAGUCUGGUACAGUCAUAGCGAGUCCAAGUACGCAUGAUCCUGACUAUAUGUAUACAUGGACGAGGGACGCUGCUCUUGUUGUGAAAUUACUUGUUGACCAAUACACCCAUAACCAAGACGUGUCGCUCAAAGGAAUUAUAGACGAGUACGCGGCUGCUCAGGCAGCCUUGCAGAAAGUCCGAACCCCAAGUGGAGGAAUGCUAACGGGCGGUUUGGGGGAGCCAAAAUACAACAUUGAUCAUACCGCGUUCACUGAGCCCUGGGGAAGACCUCAACACGAUGGGCCUGCCCUUCGUGCAACAACGCUUCUCUCAUAUGCGAAAACUCUAUUGAAGCAGUCAGAUAGGGAGAGUGUACAGCAAUCCCUUUGGCCAGUCCUCGAGAAGGACCUUGAUUAUGUUGUCAAAUAUUGGAACCGCACGGGAUUCGAUUUAUGGGAGGAAGUAUCUUCUUCUUCAUUCUUCACGACAGCGGUUCAGCAUCGAGCCCUCCGAGAAGGAGCUGCUCUUGCCCGUAAUCUCAACAAGACCGAGAUUGCACAAAUAUAUUCUGCGCAAGCAGACAAUACACUGUGUUUCUUGCAGUCGUAUUGGAACGCGGAUAUCUACUACGUCGUCUCGAAUACGGGAGGCGGCCGCUCAGGCAAAGAUGCAAACAGCAUCUUAGCUUCCAUCCAUACCUUUGAUCCCACAGCGGGCUGCGACGCAGCUACGUUCCAGCCUUGCUCUGACAAAGCCCUAGCCACGCUAUAUGCCUGCAUCGACGCUUUCCGUGGUCUCUAUCAAAUUAACAGGGGGACAGCUUACUCCGACGCGGUAGCAGUGGGUCGCUAUCCUGAAGAUGUUUAUAUGGGCGGCCACCCUUGGUAUCUUACAACAGCAGCCGUUGCUGAACAGCUUUACGAUGCCCUGUAUGUCUGGAAAUCUCAGGGCUACAUCGAGAUCACCCGCAUAUCCCUCUCUUUCUUCCGCGUGGUCUCUCCAAGAAUACGGCCCGGAACAUACACCUCAGCUCGUCUGGAAUACCAUGAACUCCUCGCCGAAGUCAAGAAGUUCGCGGACGGAUUCAUUGCUGUUAAUGCCAAGUAUACGCCGUGGGAUGGUUCUCUCGCCGAGCAGUAUCAUCGGGACAAUGGCCAACCAUUGAGUGCACGCGAUCUGACGUGGAGCUAUGCGGCAUCGAUUACCGCUUUUAAUGCCAGAGCGGGAGCACUUGUACCGGGUGGUUGGGGUGCGAAAGGCCUUGUUGUUCCCUCCGUGUGCGAGCCAAAUCCGCCUCGAUUAGUCUCGGUGACAUUCUCCGUCCAUGCGGAAACUCAGCCCGGAGAGGCUAUCUUUGUGACUGGUUCGAGCGAGGCACUCAGCCAUUGGUCAACGGACAAUGCCAUCAAGCUUUCCGCGGACAGAUAUCCUAUAUGGAGUGGAAGCCUUGAUGUUCCCGUUGAAUCAGCCUUGGAGUAUAAAUACAUUCGCAAGGCUGACACUGGCGCUGUCUCUUGGGAACAGGGCAGCAAUCGCUUCCUUGAGACAUCCACCAAAAGCACUAACGUAUCCGAUGAGUGGCGUUGA